CCAGACUGCAUGGCUGCUUAGGAGCUCCUCCCACCUCCCUGUACUCUCCCCCACGCUGCUGCUGCUGCUGCAGAGGACUCCUGCUCGGCUCCUGCACUCCACCUCUGCACAGUGCAACAACAACAGCAGCAGCAGUAUGCCCGGCAGGAACCGACACCAGCCUGCAGCAGCACACAGCCUCCUGGCUCUUUAACUUGUCGCAUGUGGAAUACGUGAAGGCGCACGGAUUCGAGCCUCUGCGGGAAUCAGAAGAGCAGCUUGUGUUGAUUUAUUUUAGAUCUACCUUUCUUUUUUUUCUUUUUUUUGGAGAGCUUUUGCGUUGCCAGGGAGGAGAAAAUCCAAGCAGCCAUGACAGUUCAUCCUGCGUCUUCCAGACACCUUCACAGCCACUUCUGACUAAAUCUGAUUGAGUAAACCGAAGAUGUCAGCGUGCAGUGAUUUUGCAGAACACGUGUGGAAACCCGGCUCUUGUAAGAACUGCUUCCACCCGCUUAGUGCACACAAGACUGUCGGCGUCCUGGAUGGCAGUGCGCCACCCUCAUGUUUGAAAAGCAGCCUGGGAGGCGAUGAAGAAGCUGGAGUGACGUCGCCUUCUCUCUACAGCAAGCCAACCAUCGCUGUCAAACCCACCAUGAUGAGCCUCGACACCAACGAGUCAGCUGACCUCAACAUGAACAUCGAGCAGCAGGAGAACACAAAGAGCCCAGCAGAGCUGUUGGGCCUCAAGAAGAUCUUAGACCUGUCACCUCUUUACAUUGAUAGUAACGGCUGCAACAAGGCCCACAGAGACGCGGUUCUACAGAGUCCCGAUGCCAACAAGGACUACAACAACUGCUACUCUUUGGCUCCUUUGUCCCCAAGUAUGCUGCCAAAAGACUCCAUGAUCAUCAGCAAUAUCUUUGUCACCCAGGAGGAAGGCAGAGGUUCUCAGAGUUUAAAGAAAAAUGCCAAUGAAGACUCCUGCAGGCAGCAGAAUAGUGUGACCGCUAAUAGAACUAAGAGCACUUACAAUGGAAGCGUUGUGACUUCCAGAGCAAACUAUCAGGAGUCCCAUCAGGCAUCUGUGGAGAUUCCUUUGUCAGCGGAUAUUGUCCCUUCCAGUCCUACUAAAAAUCACAGCAAUGGUGUAAGUAGUGGGAGUCCUACCACUGUCACCACAAAGACAUCCAGCACUUCUCCCACUUCCUACACCACAGCCUUAACUGUGGACACCACUAGCCCAACAUCCCUCCACUCUGUCCCUGCUCUGUCUAAACAGAGCAGCCUGUCGGACUCCACUUGCUCUUAUCGUAGCAGUACAGAUUCACUUCCUGGGCCUGAAGGGUCAGGAGGAAGACCAGACAGGUCAGGGAGUCCCCAAAGCCCUCCAGCCAUGGGGAGCCCACGGUCAACCCCCAACUCCCCCAAUGGACAGAAAGACUCUGAACCCAUUUACGCAGAGAGCACCAAGAAAAAGCGCAGGCCACAACAGAAUGGACUGCAGUCCAAUCCAGAAUCCCCGAACAAGACCAAGCAGUCCCAGUGCUCCGAGCUUGAACUUUCAGGAGAGAGUCAACGGGCCACCAUCACUGUAAUGGCGGCUCACACAGAGGAGAACAACAGGACUUUCUACCUGAGCAGCCCAGAUUCAGCCGUCAGCACCCAGUGCCACUUCAGUCCCACAGCACGGAAAGACCCCAGCAGCCCAGCUUUCCGAUGGCCCAGUCCCAGCCAUAGCGCACCCUCACUGACUCCAGAAGCCUGCCUGACCCCUACUCUGCACACCAAGCCCCAGUCUAGCCCACCUAUUCCUCCGAAGAGGAACAUUCGCUCUCCCAAACUGGGCACCUCUAGCCUCUCACCGUCCAUGUCCUCUCCAGUCCCUCUUCCUGAACUUCCCAGACUGGGCACCUCCAGCCUCUCGCCAUCCAUGUCCUCUCCUGUCCCACUCCCUGAGCUCCCCAUGCUUGUCCUCGUCUCUGCUCGAGAGGGACACUUCAAGGUCCCAUCGGAGAACCAGAGUACAGCAUCUGAACGCUGGCACAAGCCCCACCACCACAGUUCUGCCUGGAACUGCCGUAUCGAGGAAGAAGAGGAAGAGGAAGAGAGGGAGCGGAAAGAUGUGGAGAAGAAGAAGCUCGCUGCCAACGCAGGGACAACCUCUCGGGUGACAGGCCUGCUCAAUGGUGCUGCUGUCUGGAAGGAAGCCAAAGACUGGAAAGCCCACAGCAGCCCCCCUCCGAUGACAGAGCCAGGCACGGCCCCCCCGGCUGCCCCAAACAAUGGUGCCUGUCAGGGGGAAACCAGGGGCACCGGCACAGAGGAGGAGGUUAAGCAUAACGGGAGCAUGCCGGCCAAGCAACCGUUGCAUGGCAGCUCAUCAGAGCUGCUGGCAGCAGGGAAGGGAGCUGCCAACAAUGACCCCAACCCACCACCUCCACCACCUAAGAAACUGCACAGAGUGUGCAGUAAGAUGAGUGGCAGCAACAUGGAGCUGGACCGCUGCAGCCAGCAAGGGUCAGUAGAGAGUCCUACUUCAUCUCUACGAGGCCUGAGCACUGCCAGCCUACCGACUGCCUCCACUGACAACCUGACUGCUGACACCGGUUCUCGGGAUGCUUCACGGCUGUCUUGUUCCUCUCCAUUUCCCCGAAGUCCAGUGGCCUCAGCUCCAGGGUCUCCUCAUCCUCCCUCCUUUAACAGCUUGGGUAACCAGCCGCCUCCUCUCCCAGAGAAAAAGAUGGUCAACCGCACCGUGUCGGCUCCGGACAGCGGCAACGGAAAACCCUUCAUUCGAGCCUACCCGCGCCUCCCUUUCACCGGCUCAGAGACCAACGUGUGUCGAUCUGCAGACCUCAGGUCCAGUUUACCAUCCAGCCCUGUGGAUCCACGGCCCAUUUUCUCUUCCAACGAGUCUCUGGAGCGUUGUCAUGCCCCGCUUGGUAGAUCCUCCAGGUCCCGGACGCUGGACGAGCCAUUCAAGACUCCCGGGCGUUUGGGCGUACACUGCCGAAGCAGCAUCACCUGCUCCUCUUCGCCCCAGCUCAGCGCGCCCUUUUCAUCCUUGGAACCGGGUUCAGCACCAAAUUUGGGCUCCAGCCUGCAGCUCCAGACUCUCCUGAGUAACAUUGACAGUAGAGAGGGAGUGUACUCCAAACUUGGGGGUCUGUAUGCGGAGUCUCUGCGGCGUCUGGCUCUAAAAUGUGAGGAUCACUUCACUCGCUCCCAGAGGAACCCACUAAGGUUCGAGGAGAGCAACUGGUCUCUGUUCCGACUCACAUCGAACAAGCCGAGCUGCAACGCAGGAGAUGCUGUGUACUACUCUGCUGCCUGUGCGUCAGACCCAAGCAACUCCUACGCUGUGAAGAUCUGCAAGAGCCCCUCUGUGGAUGCCAAACAGGGCCAUCUCUACGGUCUGUCGGUGCAGCAGAGCAUGCCUCCUCACUUCAACCUCCAGCAGGACUGUGGCCACUUUCUCGCCUGUGUCCCCCAGAGCAUGUUGCCUUUUGAUGAGGUCUCUCUGCCCACCACGCCGGCUUCUUCGCUGCCUCAACCCUCCACUUCUAGCCAGCAGGUAGACAGAGAGCGAGUGGUGGUCAUCACACCAGAGAUCCCUCAGCAGACAGCGGUUGACUUUGUUCGAGAGUGGGAGAUGUUCCAUAAAACUCAGCCGGAGGUCUACGAGCGCCGCGUGUGCUUCCUCCUCCUGCAGCUCUGCAACGGCCUGGAGCACUUAAAGGAGCACGGGGUCACGCACCGUGACCUCUGUCUAGAAAACCUGCUGCUGGUGCCUCAUCAGCGCAGGUCCUCCCAGUUCACCCAGCAGAACAGCACCGACAAAAGCCCCAGUAAUGGCUCCGGUAUAGACAUUCAGCGCCACCUUCCCCGGCUCCUCAUCAGCAACUUCGCCAAGGCCAAGCGUCGCUCCUCGGAGGAUGCCGCCUCAACUAGUGUGGACCCUCGCAUCAAACGUGACCAUGCCAGGUUGGCGCCGGAGAUCGUCUCGGCCGCUCAGUACCGCAAGUUUGAUGAAUUCCAGACGGGCAUCUUGAUCUAUGAGCUCCUCCACCAGCCCAACCCGUUUGAGAUCAGUCCAGCACUGAAGGAACAAGACUAUCGCUGUGAGGACUUACCUCCAGUCCCCUCUGUCUCCCUCUAUUCAGCGGGCCUCCAGAGGUUGGCCCAGCUCCUUCUCCAGCCCGACCCCAUCAAACGCAUCCAUAUCCAGGAGGCCAAGCGUAUACUGCAGAGCCUGCUGUGGGGCCCCAGGAAGGACCUGAUGGAGCAGCAGUGGGAGAGGCACGGACAAGGGGGAAGCUUUGUCGACGGAUCCCGACACGAGGGCCUCCUCAACUGGCUGGACGUGAAGAGGGCCCUGCUGAUGAUGAAGUUCGCUGAGCGUUCCCUGGAGCCGGAGAGGAACGCAGAGCUGGAGGACUGGUUGUGCUGCCAGUACUUUUCCUCGGCUCACCCUCUGUCGCUCUGCCAUACUGCUGAACUGCUCUACUCGCUAAAGUGACGGCGAGUGGAGCCAAAGUUGAGUGUGAAUUUGUGAAUGUGUGUAUGAGGAAGACCAAUGGGUCCAGAUACUGUGAUCCUCUGGAGGAACUGUGAACCUGCCCAUCUGUUCGUGCUACUUCUACACGCAUGAGAGUCGUCCACUCUGUACUGUACCUUUUUACACCGACAGUAUCCAUUUAACUUGACCUCUGAACACACAGUCGGUAAUGUAAUAGUCUCGGAAAUACGGACAAAAUCACAAAACAUUCACAAGCAGACUCGAAUAGUUUUGUACCAGUGAUGCUGAAGAAAACAUCGGCAAAAAGGAAGAACAGGAAGAAUGGACAGUAUUCCUAAUUCUAUAAUACACUUACCAAAGUUUCAUGUUUGACACUGUAUUGUGUGUAUUUAUUAAAUGUCAAUGGAGACAUUGUACGCACUGAGGACCGGCUAAUAAUUCAUAACCUUGUGUCGUAUCUAAAUGUGCAGCUAACUUUGUCUGUAUACUGUAUGGCUAAUUUGUCUGAUACUGAAAAUAUGAGGUCAUUUGCAGACUCACUCUGUUGCACCUUUUCUUAUAUGUUUAGGCAUAGGCACAUUGCUGUACUGUACACUGUGUAAACCACACAAACUUUAACCAUAGCCACAGAAUAACGUGUGUCCCUCCAUGGGUUACUAGUUUGAUCAGUGCAGCCUUCCUUAAGUAUUUUCAGUUAACAAAACAAUUGGCAGCGUUAGAGAUUGCUUCUACUGAAUGCAUGAUGCCCAGUUUCUCCCUUUUGCUUCCUUUUAGUACAUAUUUAAAUGUUUUUGGACAUUUGUCACAGUGCCUUUUGUUCUUUGUAUAUGUUACAGUGACUCAAGCCAAAUGUAAAUAUUACUGAUCAUUCGUCCUUUGUGAAACUGGCCUUUCACAGAAUGUUCGAGUAACAACUUUGUACAGUGAUUUGUAGAUGAUAUUAGAAAAAAAGAUGAGCCCAAGCAGGUCUUAAGAAGCCAUGAAUAUGAGCAGCGGUUAAAAAAUAUUUAUGAUGUACUUUGUUAUCCUGUAGCAGUCACUGGACUUUCUCUGUUUAUUUUCAUAUGUGGAUUAUCAAGUUUUUUGUUUAUUUGGCACAGCAGCAGCUGGGCUUGUUUUUUUGCCUCCUAUGUCCCGAGUCGGCUGCAGAGAGAGCUUCAAGCUCUAAACUUUUUAAAGAAUUUCCUAAUACAGUCUAGAGGGGCAGAAAGUUAUCGGCCUGCAUGCAGGUUUGCGUCCAAGACUGUUUAAAGUUAAAGAGAAAAUGGCCUCAAUUCACAACUAAUGCAUUGUUGGUUUGAAUUCUUUUGUGUGUGCCUCACUUAUUUGCAUCCAUCAAUAAACUGUGCAUAUAUUUUCUCACAGUA